GCUUGCGGGCGAAGCGACGCAGCACACAGUGCAGGGGAGGGGAGGGAUGAUGGAGCUAAGAUGGCAGACCGUCUGAGGGUGCAGCCGCUCGGGGGUCACCGCAUUUCCGAGGGACAAAUGGCAACGGAAACCCAAAACAACGAAUGCUCUUGAUGUUUUUGACAUUUUACAGGGAAUGUUCUUGUAGCUCGCGGAAGAGACGUGGAGGAGGAAGAGAAAGGAGGAGGGAAGGAGGAGGACCUCGGUCGCUGAAUUAGCCCUGAUAACAAGCGCCGAACCAGGAUACAAUUUGUGCCAUUUUUCCGCAACGUUAAAAAGGCCACAUUAUAAGCGCGGCUCGGAUUUAACAAUACGUAGAUUGUACCCGAUGGCCGGGCGUGAUUUAGCUGCUUUUCCUUUUGCGUGAUUCAUUUAUGCAUUGUGCUCCUAAACGAUGAUGUGUGCCGCUGCGGCAGCGGCCGCCGCCUGUGGGGGGAUUCUGCCCUCUUCGUCGCCGUCGAUGGGGCUGGGAGUCCGGGUCAUUUACGGACUAGGAGCCGAUCUCUCCACAAUUGGGCCGGGGAUGGGUCCCUGUCCGACAACCGGAGCCCAGUCUGACUGUCGGACUCGGUAUCAGCUCUUACUGUCAGGGAGAGCCCUGGCGGAAAGAUACCGGAGGAUUUACACGACUGCCAUCAACGAUAAAGAGCAAGGAAUAAAUCCAGGAAGGGGAAAGAAAGCCUUGAACAAGAAGAAGCUGAAAAGGCGUCAAAAGGUGAAGUCCAAAGUCAAAUCGAGGACUAAGACGGAGAGUUUUGAUGGCACCCUCUGCGUGCCCGACAUCAAGCUGCACAGCAACCCGUCCGCAUUCAACGUUUACUGCAACGUGCGCCACUGCGUGCUGGAAUGGCAGCAGAGGGAGGCCUCGUUGGCCCUGGCCUCCAGGAGCUCGGUGCAAAGUGGAGACUCGGACAGUGAGGAGGAGGAGGAGUACCGGGAGCCAGCCGUGAAGCUGCCCAAGAUCAUCGGCAUCGGCCUGUGUGGGGUCUUUGAGCUGAUAAAGGAGACGCGCUUCUCGCACCCCUCGCUAUGUCUGCGCAGUCUGCAGGCCUUGUUGGACAUGCUGCAGGGGCAACAGCCUGAGGGCUUCCAGACUGAGCCUCCCGACGUGCUGGAGUCCCUUUUCCAGCUGCUGCUGGAGACCACGGUCCGAAGCACGGGCCCCAAUGACCCGACGGGACAGGCUAUCACUGCCCUGUCCUGCGCUUGCCUCUUCAGCCUGGUGGUAUCCUGGGGGGACACCGGCAAGAUUCUGCAGGCCGUCUCCGCCAUCCUCACCAACAAUGGCAGCCACGCUUGUCAGACGAUACAGGUGCCCACCAUAUUGAACGCCCUGCAGAGGAGCGUGCAGGCCGUUUUGGUGGGAAAGAUCCAAAUCCAGGAAUGGUUUGGGAACGGCAUUAAACGUGCGGCAUUGAUGAACAAAUGGGUGCUGAAAGGCGUGACCAUCGACGAGGAUGAGCGCUGUCUCCUCCAGACUGACGGCUCCUUUCUCUACCUGCUCUGCAAGGACGGACUUUAUAAAGUGGGCUCGGGGUACAGCGGCACUGUCAGAGGUCACGUUUACAAUUCCACAUCCCGCAUCAGGAAUCGCACAGAGAAGAGAUCAUGGCUGGGCUUCGCGCAAGGCUACUUGUUGUACCGGGACACAGGUAACCACAGUAUGUCGGCCAUCAAGCUCAAUCCUGAGACACUGGAGCCUGAGGGGGCUGUCACCAUGCCAGGUCAACACUCGGAUGGACAGAACAUCCUCUUCACAGACGGAGAGCACAUCAACCAAAUAGCAGCCUGCAAAGAUCAGGAUGGUUUUGUGGUGCGCAUCUACACUAUGAGCUCAGACCCGAGCCUGCAGCAGGAACUGCAGCUGAAACUGGCAAGGAAGUGUCUGCACGCCUGCGGCAUCUCCCUCUUUGACCUCGAGAAGGAUCUGCACAUCAUCAGCACAGGAUUUGAUGAGGAGGCGGCGUUACUUGGAGCUGGCAGGGAAUUUGCGCUGAUGAAAACUGCCUCUGGGAAGAUCUACUACACUGGAAAGUAUCAAAGCCUGGGCAUAAAGCAAGGAGGACCUUCCGCUGGCAAGUGGGUGGAACUUCCUGUCACGAAAUCUCCCAAGAUCCUUCAGUUCUCCGUUGGCCACGACGGCUCCCACGCAUUGUUAGUGGCCGAAGACGGAAGCGUCUUCUUCACCGGUUCCGCGAGCAAAGGAGAAGAUGGAGAGUCCACUAAAAGCCGGCGACAACCCAAACCCUACAAGCCCAAGAAGAUGAUCAAAUUAGAGACCAAGAUGGCAGUGUAUACGGCGUGCAACAACGGCAGCAGCAGCAUCGUCACCAAAGACGGCGAGCUGUACAUGUUUGGAAAGGACGCCAUUUACAGCGACAGCACUUGCCAGGUGACCGACUUGAAAGGCCACGUUGUGACCCAGGUUGCAAUGGGCAAGGCCCACACGUGCGUCCUGACCAAGAGCGGGGAGGUGUGGACGUUUGGUGUGAACAACAAGGGCCAGUGUGGCAGAGACACAGGGGCCAUGAGCCAAGCUGGGAAAGCAUUCGGUGUGGAGAACAUGGCCACGGCCAUGGAUGAGGACUUGGAGGAUGAGCUGGAGGAGAAGGAAGAGAAGAGCAUGAUGUGUCAGUCUGGCAUGCACAAGUGGAAGCUGGACCAGUGCAUGGUUUGCACAGUGUGUGGGGACUGCACGGGCUAUGGUGCCAGCUGUGUCAGCAGUGGGCGGCCUGACAGAGUACCAGGAGGCAUCUGUGGCUGUGGAUCGGGGGAGUCUGGCUGCUCGGCAUGCGGCUGCUGCAAAGCUUGUGCCAGGGAACUGGAUGGUCAGGAGGCUCGGCAGAGAGGCAUUUUUGAUGCCGUCAAAGAGAUGAUCCCAUUGGAUCUCCUUUUAGCUGUGCCUGUUCCUCCCCCUCCAGGCGUGAACAUCGAGGAGCACAUUCAGAUUCGUCAGGAGGAGAAACGGCAAAGGAUCAACCGCCGACACAGGCUGGAGGAGGGACGAGGCCCCAUUGUUUUCCCCGGUACCAUUUUAAUGAACCAGCGUGAGCAAGCCCUAGCCAGAAUAAGACCCCUUCAGGCGCUAAGGCAUAAACGGGACAAGCACAAAGAUGGCAGCAGUGAGCGCGGUGAGAAAGAUGCCAGUAAAAUCACCACCUACCCACCCGGGGCAGUCAGAUUUGACUGUGAAAUGAGAGCUGUGCAGGUCAGCUGCGGUUUCCACCACUCAGUGGUGCUGAUGGAGAAUGGAGACGUCUAUACGUUUGGUUACGGACAACAUGGGCAGCUUGGACAUGGUGAUGUCAACUCCAGGGGAUCGCCAACGCUGAUCCAGGCUCUCCCGGGUCCGAGCGUCCAAGUGACGGCAGGCAGCAACCACACUGUUGUUCUUCUAGUGGACGGGCAGGUCUUCACUUUUGGUAGUUUCUCGAAGGGACAGCUUGGGCGACCUAUCCUUGACAUGCCCUACUGGAACGCCAAACCAUCCCCUAUGCCCAACAUCGGCGCCAAAUACGGACGAAAGGCCACCUGGAUCGGCGCCAGCGGUGAUCAGACGUUCCUGCGUAUUGACGAGGCGCUCAUCAACUCGCACGUGCUGGCCACUUCCGAGAUCUUUGCCAGCAAACACAUAAUCGGUCUCGUGCCCUCCUUCGUUUCUGAGCCGCCUCCGUUCAAAUGCUUACUCAUCAACAAAAUGGACGGAAGCUGCCGCACCUUCAAUGAUUCUGAGCAGGAGGACCUGCAAGGGUUUGGGCUGUGCCUGGACCCUGUCUAUGAUGUCAUAUGGAGGUUCUUACCAGCUUCGAGAGAGAUGUGGUGCUACAACGCAGUGAUAGCAGACGCCAGGGUGCCCUCCGCCACAGAUCUACAAGCUCGCUGCAGCAUCCUCAGCCCGGAGCUGGCGCUGCCUGCGGGGUCACAAGCCACCACCACGCGCUCACAUGGCGCCCUCCACAUUCUCGGUUGCCUGGAUACCCUGGCGGCCAUGCAGGAGUUGAAGAUGGGUGUGGCCAGCGCCGAGGAAGAGACACAGGCAGUUAUGAAGGUCUACUCCAAGGAGGACUACAGCGUGGUGAACCGCUUUGAGAGUCACGGUGGCGGUUGGGGCUACUCGGCCCACUCCGUUGAGGCCAUUCGCUUUUGUGCUGACGCCGACAUCUUGCUGGGUGGGCUGGGCCUCUUUGGUGGGCGUGGAGAAUAUACCGCUAAAAUCAAGCUUUUUGAACUGGGGCCUGAUGGAGGCGACCAUGAGACAGAUGGAGAUCUUCUUGCUGAGACUGACGUACUGGCCUAUGACUGUGCUGCCAGAGAAAAAUACGCCAUGAUGUUUGAUGAGCCAGUGCUGCUACAGUCGGGCUGGUGGUACGUGGCCUGGGCCCGGGUGUCGGGUCCCAGCAGUGACUGUGGAUCCCACGGACAAGCUACUAUCACCACCGAUGAUGGUGUGGUAUUCCAGUUUAAAAGCUCCAAGAAGUCAAACAAUGGUACAGACGUCAAUGCGGGUCAAAUUCCUCAGCUACUUUACAGGCUUCCAUCAAAUGAUGGGAAUGCAUCAAAAGGAAAACAGCAGACCAGUGAGCCAGUUCACAUCCUGAAGCGCUCGUUUGCUCGGACAGUCUCUGUGGAAUGCUUUGAGUCUCUGCUCAGCAUCCUCCACUGGAGCUGGACCACCUUGGUUCUGGGUGUGGAGGAGCUGCGAGGUCUGAAGGGUUUCCAGUACACAGCCACCUUGCUUGAUCUGGAAAGGUUGCGCUUUGUGGGUACGUGCUGCCUCCGCCUGCUCCGGGUCUACAUCUGCGAGAUCUUCCCCAUUGCCGCCAGUGCCAAAGCUGUGGUGGAGGAGUCGAGCAAGCUGGCCGAGUGCGUGGGGAAAACACGCAGCCUGCUGAAGAAAAUCCUGUCAGAGAGCACGGACAACUGUUUGACCAAGCUGGACAACGACCCACAGGGCUACCUGUCCCAGCCUCUAACGCUGCUGGAGGCCGUGCUGCAAGAGUGCCACAACACCUUCACCGCCUGUUUCCAUUCCUUCUACCCAACACCUGCGCUGCAGUGGGCCUGCCUCUGCGACCUGCUCAAUUGCCUGGAUCAGGACAUUGCUGAGGCCAAUUUUCGCACAUCCAGCAGUCGUCUGCUGGCGGCAGUCAUGUCAGCUUUGUGCAACACCUCGGUUAAGUUGACGUCCAUCCUGCCCAUCGCGUACGAUGGCGAGGUCCUGCUGCGCUCGCUAGUCAAGCAAGUCAGCACGGAGAACGACUCGGCUCUCGCUCAUCGCUUCCCCCUGCUUGUGGCCCACAUGGAGAAGCUAAGCCAUACCGAGGAGAACCUGAUGGGAAUGACCAGCUUUCGGGAAGUCCUGGAGAAGAUGCUGGUGAUUGUGGUGCUUCCGGUCAGGAAGAGCCUGAGGAAAGAGGUGGAGCUUUUCUCUCCACACCUGGUGUCCAACACCUGUGGUCUGCUGGCCUCCAUCGUCUCUGAGCUCACUGCCUCUGCCCUGGGCUCCGAGAUUGAUGGUCUGAACUCGCUCCACUCUGUGAAGGCCUCUCCGAACCGUUUCACCAAGACGAGCCAAGGCCGCAGCUGGAACACGGGCAACGGUUCUCCGGAUGCGAUUUGCAUGACAGUGGACAAGCCGGGUGUCGUCUUAGUGGGUGUCUGCGUGUACGGAGGCGGCGGCAUCCACGAGUACGAGCUGGAGGUGCUCGCUGACGAUGCACAAACAGAGCACCCAGGGGACUCUGCACACUCUCAUAGGUGGACAUCACUAGAGCUGGUGAAAGGAACUUACAGCACUGAUGAUUCUCCGAGUGAUAUUGCGGAGAUUCGCCUGGACAAGGCCGUGCCGCUCAAGGAAGCGGUAAAGUAUGCCGUGCGAUUGCGCAACUACGGCAGCCGCACUGCAAACGGAGAUGGCGGCAUGACCACGGUGCAGUGCUCAGACGGUGUGUCCUUCACCUUCAGCACUUGUAGCUUGAGCAGCAAUGGCACCAACCAGACGCGAGGACAGAUCCCUCAGAUUCUCUAUUACAGGAGUGAAUAUGAUGGCGAUCUCCAAUCGCAGCUGCUGAGCAAAGCCAACGAAGAGGACAAAAACUGCAGCCGGGCACUGUCUGUGGUCAGUGCUGUGGUCAGGGCCGCCAAGGACUUGCUUCAUAGGGCUUUUGCUGUCGAUGUGGAUGACAUCCCUGAGCUGUUAAGCUCCUCCAGCCUCUUCUCCAUGCUGCUUCCCCUUAUCCUAGCCUACAUUGGCCCUGUGGCUGCAUCUGUACCAAAGGCCGCCGUCGAGGUCUUCGGGCUCGUCCAAGAGCUGCUUCCCGCCGUUUCGGCCCUCAACCAAAAGUACGCCCCGCCCACGUUUAACCCCAAUCAAUCGACGGACAGCACAACUGGCAACCAGCUGGAGCAAGGACUGUCAGCUUGCACAACCUCCAAUCACUACUCCGUGAUAGAAAGUGACCACCCCUACAAACAAGCCGGGGUCACGCAAUAUAAGAUCUCCUUUCCUGAAUGUGUGCGUUGGACGAGCAUCGAGUUCGACUCCCAGUGCGGCACUGCUCAGCCCGAAGACAUCCUCCGGCUGCUCAUCCCCAGUCGCACCCUACACCUGUCCUGCUUGGGCAGUAAAGCUCUGGUGCAUGACACCAUCAACACCUGGACCGAGCUCAGGAAGUUUUCAGGCUCAACGGGUUGGCCGACCACAGUGCUUGUCCUGCCAGGUAAUGAAGUCCUGUUUUCACUUGAAACCGCCUCAGAUUAUGUGAAGGAUGAGAAGGCAUCCUUUUAUGGCUUCAAGUGUGUUGCAGUGGGAUAUGAAUUCAAUCCAGGCCCUGACGAGGGCAUCAUCCAGCUGGAGAAAGAGUUGGCGUACUUGGGUAGUGUGUGUGCUGCAGCUCUGAUGAAGAAAGACCUGGCGCUCCCUAUAGGCAAUGAGCUCGAGGAGGACUUAGAGAUCCUAGAAGAAGCCUCUCUCCAGGUGUGUAAAGCUCAUACAGGGAUUUUAGGGAAGGGUCUGGCACUCUCCCAUCCGCCCAUCAUUCUCGAGGCCCUGGAGGGGAACCUGCCCUUGCACCUCCAAACCAACGAGCACUCUUUCCUUGAGGACUUCAUCACGUGUGUGCAGAACUCAAGCGGAGGACGUCUAGCGAGGUGGCUGCAACCAGACUCCUACGCCGACCCCCAGAAGACAUCUCUGAUCCUAAACAAAGAUGACAUACGCUGCGGGUGGCCAGCUACCAUUGUUGUGCAGACCAAAGAUCAAUAUGGAGAUAUGGUGCAUGUUCCAAAUAUGAAGGUGGAAGUAAAGGCCGUGCCUGUUUCUCAAAAGAAGUCGCUGCAGCCUGAAAAUGUGAAAAAACUGCAGCGACUAACCGGAAGCUCCUCACCGGCGUCUUCAGGUCCCGACCUCACCUUUGGAGGUCUGCCAGCACCCAAGCUGGAGGCCACGUACGAGCCCGUGAUUGUGAAAGAAGCUCGCUACAUUGCCAUCACUAUGAUGAAGGCAUAUGAAAACUAUUCAUUUGAGGAGCUACGCUUCGCUUCUCCCACUCCAAAGAGGCCCAGCGAGAACAUGCUGAUACGUGCCAACACUGAUGGAACCUACAGUGCCAACUGGACCCCGGGAGCGAUCGGUCUCUAUACAAUCCACGUCACCAUUGAUGGAAUUGAAAUAGAUGCAGGUUUGGAGGUAGAAGUCAAAGACCCUCCCAAAGGCAUGAUACCACCAGGGACGCAGAUGGUCAAACCCAAGGCAGAGCCUCAGCCGAGCAAGGUGCGCAAAUUUGCGUCCAAGGACAGCGCAGGCCUACGUGUGCGCAGUCACCCCUCCCUGCAGAGCGAACAAAUAGGCAUAGUGCACGUCAAUGGCACCAUCACUUUCAUUGACGAGAUCCACAAUGAUGAUGGCGUGUGGCUCAAGCUCAAUGAUGAAACCCUCAAGAAGUACGUGCCCAGCAUGAAUGGCUACACCGAGGCUUGGUGCCUCUCUUUUAACCAGCAUUUGGGCAGGAGCCUUCUGGUCCCCGCCGACGAGGUCAGGGGCCAGACGGAGGACACCACAAAGGAGGUGAGCAGCUGCCCUUCCCACGAAGCUCCCGCUCGGGUGCAGGGCGGGGCAGGGCAGGGCGGCGGACCGGGGCUUUAUAAGGUAGUGAAGACCGGCCCCUCUGGUCACAACAUCAGAAGCUGCCCAAACCUUAGGGGUAUCCCCAUUGGAAUGUUAGUACUUGGCAACAUGGUCAAGGCCAUAGGCGAGGUGGUCAACUCAGAGGGAACUUGGGUGCAGCUGGAUAAAAACAGCGUCGUGGAGUUCUGCGAGAGUGACGAGGGAGAGGCUUGGUCACUGGCCAGAGACCACGGAGGGAACCAAUACCUUCGCCAUGACGAGGAACAAGUGCUGCUUGAGCACGGUGCUCAGACGCCGCCUCCGAGCCCUUUCUCAGUGCAGGCCUUCAACAGAGCUGCAACAUCCAACGGAGCUCAGGGCUUCGACUAUGGGAUCACCAAUAACAAAGGUGACCGACUGAGUGCCAUACUGAAUUCCAUUCAGUCUGGGCCCUUCGUCUCAGCAGCUCCCUCCUCAAUGUUUGAGCAAGCCGCACAGCCUCCCUCCUCUUCUUCCUCUUCCUCUUCCUCUUCGUCCUCCUCCUCCUCCUCUUCUUCCUCUUCUUCCCUUGUCCACAGUCCAUUUGUGUUUGGACAGUCCCCCUCCCAACUGUCUCAGCCGCAACCACAGCUUCUGAGUGAGCGAGGGAACCUGAUGCCCGGUGCACGGUCCAUGUCCCCGGCCUCCAAACACCGCCAGGAGAACCGUUCGCUCAAACAAGAAAGUCGAGGGAGCCGCACGCAGGAACACGGAAGAGUCAAGACGGGCCAAGACGGGUCGCUGUCAGCCAGCGAAGCCCUCAUACUACGCUCCGAUACGGCCAAAUUGCGCUCUGACUCUCAUAGCCGUUCUCAUUCGCCAAAUCACAACACUCUGCAGGCCCUCAAGUCAGACGUCAGAACCUCGGGACAUCGGUCGGAGUCUCCCAACGCCGGCUCCCGCUCUUCCUCGCCAAAACAAAAAGUGUCCUCUUCUGGCAGGUCCAGUCCUUCCAGCACCUCUUCACAGCAUUCCUCCUUAACACACCACGACAAGAACCCCCCGUGCAAAGUGAGCCCGUCAUCCAAAGCCCGGCUAGAACCGCCCAGAGAAAGAUCCAAGUCCGAUUCCUACACUCUGGACCCAGACACGCUUAGGAAGAAGAAGAUUCCUCUGACAGAGCCAUUAAGAGGCAGAUCUACCUCCCCCAAACCAAAAGUGUCUCCCAAAGAUCCAAACCAAGAUGUCGUCGGUAACACAGAGAACCGUGUUCCUUCCCCCCAAGUGACCCAGGAGAACCUGCACAGCGAGGUGGUGGAGGUGUGUUCCUCAAGCACUCUUGUGUCAAACGAGGACGCAAAUGAUGAAAAUGUGGAGGUGCAGGACUUGGAGGAAGCCUCGUGCAAGGUUCACUUUAGCAUUGGCAAGGCGCCGGUCAAGGAGGAGCUGGAGAGCCGCUCAUCGCCCAAAGUCAGUCGUAAAACCUCAAGUCGGCACACUCGGCCAAAGAAGGACAAAUCCGGACCUCUUUUCAAAGGCGAGAGCGUGCAGAGGGUAUGCGAGCCUGCCAAACAGGCCAUGUCACCUUCUGUAGCAGAAUGCUCCCGGGCGGUCUUUGCAGCAUUCCUGUGGCAUGAAGGGAUAGUUCACGAUGCCAUGGCUUGUUCGUCCUUCCUCAAAUUCAACCCGGACUUAACCAAAGAGCAUGCGCCCAUACGCAGCUCCCUCGGACAGGGUGCCGAGGACAAGGAGAGCAAGCUCAAGAACCGCCACUCCCUUGAGAUUUCCUCCGCACUUAACAUGUUUAACAUCGCUCCGCAUGGUCCGGACAUCUCCAAAAUGGGCAGCAUCAACAAAAACAAAGUUCUCUCCAUGUUAAAGGAACCGCCAUUGCCAGAAAAGUGCGAGGACGGCAAAGGGGAGUCGGUUUCCUACGAGACGACGUCCCAUCCUUCCGUCAGAGCAAAAUCCAUCCUGCCUUUGACGCUGCAACACUUGGUGGCAUUCUGGGAGGAUAUCUCCUUAGCCACCAUCAAGGCUGCGACUCAGAACAUGAUCUUCCCCAGUCCGGGAUCGAGCGCCAUCCUCAAGAAGAAGGAGAACGAAAAGGACAACAAGAAGGCCAAGAAGGAGAAGAAGAAGCGGGAAAAAGCGGAGGUUCGGCCGAGGGGCAAUCUAUUUGGAGAGAUGGCGCAGCUCGCCAUGGGCGGACCGGAGAAGGACACCAUCUGUGAGCUGUGCGGGGAGUCUCAUCCUUACCCCGUUACCUACCAUAUGAGACAAGCUCACCCAGGCUGCGGCCGUUACGCUGGAGGCCAAGGGUACAACAGCAUCGGUCACUUCUGCGGUGGCUGGGCUGGCAAUUGUGGCGAUGGAGGCAUCGGAGGCAGCACUUGGUAUCUGGUGUGUGAUCGCUGCAGGGAGAAAUACCUGAGAGAGAAGCAGACUGCAGCCAGGGAGAAGGUGAAGCAGUCCAGGAAGAAGCCACUGCAAGUGAAGACGCCGAGAGCCCUGCCUACCAUGGAGGCCCACCAGGUCAUCCGGGCGAACGCUUUGUUCCUGCUGUCGCUCAGCAGCGCAGCCGAGCCCAACAUGCUGUGCCACCACCCUCCCCGGCCGCUUCAUUCCCAGCUGCUCCCCAGCCUCAAGGAGGGCGUGUCGGCCGAACUUCCCAAUAAAAUGAGCUGCCUCUACCUGCAGACACUCGCCAGGCAACACACGGAGAAUUUUGGUGCUUACCAAGAUGACAAUCUCUUCCAAGAUGAGAUGAGGUACUUGCGAUCCACGUCGGUUCCCGCUCCCUACAUUUCAGUUACCCCCGACGCCUGCCCUAACGUUUUUGAGGAACCGGAGAAUAACAUGAAGUCGAUGCCCCCCAGUCUCGAGACCAGCCCAAUCACAGACAGCGACACAGCCAAGCGCACGGUUUUCCAGAGGUCAUACUCCGUUGUUGCCUCAGAGUACGACAAGCAGCACUCGCCCUCUCCGGCCAGAGUUAAAGCCGUGCCUAGACGGAGAGUCCACAGUGGUGAUGCAGAAGUGGGUUCAUCCUUGUUGCGCCACCCGUCUCCCGAACUGUCCAGGUUAAUCUCCGCCCACGGCUCCCUCAGCAAAGGGGAGAGGAACUUCCAGUGGCCCGUGCUGGCGUUUGUCAUCCAGCAUCACGAUCUGGAGGGCCUGGAGGUGGCUAUGAGGCAUGCGCUGAGGAAGUCCGCGUGCCGAGUUUUCGCCAUGGAGGCAUUCAACUGGCUCCUGUGCAACGUGAUCCAAACCACUUCCCUGCAUGACAUCUUGUGGCAUUUUGUUGCGUCUCUCACUCCAUCUCCCUUUGAACCAGAGGACGAGGAAGAUGAGGAGAACAAGGGCAACAAAGAAAACAUAGAACAGGAACGAGACCUUGGCGUUUGUGAGCAUCCUCUGUCAGACAUCGUUAUUGCAGGGGAGGCGGCCCACCCGCUGCCCCACACCUUCCACCGCCUCCUCCAGACAAUUUCCGACUUGAUGAUGUCACUUCCUAGUGGAAGUUCUCUUCAGCAGAUGGCGCUCAGGUGCUGGAGUCUCAAGUUCAAACAGUCCGACCACCAGUUCCUACACCAGAGCAACGUCUUCCACCACAUCAACAACAUACUGUCAAAGUCGGAUGACGGCGACAGUGAGGAAAGCUUCAACAUCAGUGUUCAGUCGGGCUACGAAGCCAUUAGCCAGGAUCUCUGCCUGGUGACCUGCCUGAAAGACCUAACCAGCGUGGUGGACAUCAAAACGUCCAGUCGUCCCGCCAUGAUUGGCAGCCUGACGGACGGCUCCACUGAGACCUUCUGGGAGUCCGGGGAUGAAGACAAAAACAAAACCAAGAGCAUCACCAUCAGCUGUGUGAAAGGCAUCAAUGCCUGCAAUGUGUCUGUUCACGUCGACAACUCCAGAGACCUUGGGAACAAAGUGACCUCUGUGACGUUCCUGUGUGGCAAGGCCAUGGAAGACCUUUGCAGAAUUAAGCAGGUCGACCUAGACUCGCGUCACAUGGGUUGGGUGACAAGUGAGCUCCCUGGGGGAGAUCAUCAUGUGAUUAAAGUGGAGCUUAAAGGGCCGGAGAACACAUUGAGGGUGCGCCAGGUGAAGGUGCUUGGCUGGAAGGAGGGCGACAGCAUCAAAAUCGCUGGGCAGAUCUCGGCCAGCAUGGCACAGCAGAAGAACUGUGAGGGCGAAACGCUGCGUGUGUUUCGCCUCAUCACCUCACAGGUGUUUGGGAAACUUAUUUGUGGAGAUGCAGAGCCAACCCCAGAGCAGGAGGAGAAGAAUUUGCUUUCGUCACCAGAAGGAGAGGAAAAGGUACCGUCAGACGCAGACCUCAAAGAGCACAUGGUCGGAAUCAUUUUCAGCAGGAGUAAACUUACCAACCUGCAGAAACAGGUGUGCGCGCACAUCGUCCAGGCCAUUCGCAUGGAGGCGACGCGCGUGAGAGAGGAGUGGGAGCACGCCAUCUCCAGCAAGGAGAAUGCCAACUCGCAGCCCAGUGAUGAUGAUGCUUCCUCCGACGCCUACUGCUUUGAGUUGCUGUCCAUGGUCCUGGCGCUGAGCGGCUCCAACGUCGGGCGCCAGUACCUCGCGCAGCAGCUCACGCUCAUGCAGGACCUUUUCUCGCUGCUGCACACCGCCUCGCCGCGAGUGCAGAGACAGGUGACAUCAUUGCUUCGACGCGUCCUCCCCGAGGUGACGCCGGUGCGACUCGCCAGCAUCAUCGGGGUGAAGUCUCUGCCACCGGCGGACAUCAGCGACAUCAUCCACUCCACGGAGAAAGGCGACUGGAACAAGCUGGGCAUCUUGGACAUGUUCUUGGGGUGCAUUGCCAAAGCGCUCACGGUGCAGCUGAAAGCCAAAGGGACCACAAUAUCUGGCACUGCCGGCAUGGCCGCCGGCAAAGGGGUGACCACUGUCACUCUGCCGAUGAUCUUUAACUCCAGCUACAUCCGGAGAGGGGAGAGCCACUGGUGGAUGAAAGGCUCCACCCCUCCUCAGAUUGCAGAGAUCAUCAUCAAACUGGUCAAAGACAUGGCAGGGGGUCACCUUUCAGACGCGUGGUCACGCGUCACCAAAAACGCAAUCGCUGAGACUAUCAUAGCGCUCACCAAAAUGGAGGAAGAGUUUCGCUCACCUGUGCGCUGCAUUGCCACCACGAGGCUGUGGCUGGCACUAGCUUCUCUGUGCGUGCUGGAUCAAGACCACGUGGACAGACUUUCUUCUGGUCGAUGGAUGGGCAAAGAUGGACAGCAGAAGCAGAUGCCAAUGUGCGACAACCAUGACGACGGCGAAACGGCAGCCAUCAUCCUGUGCAACGUGUGUGGCAACCUGUGCACCGACUGCGACCGCUUCCUCCACCUGCACCGACGCACGCGCUCUCACCAGAGACAGGUGUUCAAGGAGGAAGAAGAAGCCAUCAAGGUUGACCUCCAUGAAGGCUGUGGUAGGACCAAGCUCUUCUGGCUUAUGGCACUGGCCGACUCCAAAACAAUGAAGGCCAUGGUGGAGUUCAGAGAACAUACAGGUAAGCCUGCAUCCAGCAGUUUGGAUGCAUGCAGGUUCUGCGGAACGAGGAAUGGAACCGAGCUGUCGGCGGUUGGAAGUGUCUGCUCUGACCCCGAUUGUCAGGAAUACUCCAAACUGGCGUGCAGCAAGACGCACCCAUGCGGGCACCCGUGCGGUGGAGUCAAAAACGAGGAGUCGUGCCUCCCGUGUUUGCAUGGCUGCGACAAGAACACGGGCUGCUUAAAGCAAGAUGCUGACGACAUGUGCAUGAUCUGCUUCACUGAGGCACUCUCUGCUGCUCCCGCUGUACAGCUGGACUGCACUCAUGUGUUCCACCUUCAAUGCACCCGACGUGUUCUGGAGAACCGCUGGCUUGGGCCUCGCAUCACGUUUGGCUUCAUGUUGUGUCCCAUUUGCAAGAACAAGAUCAACCACUCAGUGAUCAAAGACCUACUGGAUCCCAUCAAGGAGCUCUAUGAGGACGUGAGGCGAAAGGCACUCAUGAGACUCGAGUACGAGGGUCUACACAAGAGCGAGGCCAUAACCACGCCGGGAGCGCGCUUCCACAACGACCCGGCGGGCUUUGCCAUGAACAGAUACGCCUAUUACGUCUGCUACAAGUGCAAGAAGGCUUAUUUUGGGGGAGAGGCCCGCUGCGACGCCGAGGCGGGGCAAGGGGACGAUUAUGACCCCAGCGAGCUGAUUUGCGGCGCCUGCUCUGAUGUCUCCAGAGCUCAGAUGUGCGCCAAGCACGGCACAGACUUCCUUGAGUACAAAUGUCGCUACUGCUGCUCUGUGGCCGUGUUUUUCUGCUUCGGCACCACGCACUUCUGCAACGCCUGCCAUGACGACUUCCAAAGGAUGACUAGUGUCCCCAAAGAGGAGUUGCCGCAUUGCCCCGCAGGACCCAAAGGCAAGCAGCUGGAGGGAACCGAAUGUCCUCUGCAUGUGGUCCACCCGCCAACAGGGGAGGAGUUUGCGUUGGGCUGUGGCGUGUGCAGGAACGCGCACACCUUCUAACCAAGAGUUCCACCCUUUGGAACUGGUAUUGUCCACUGUGAUCUCUGGCCUGCUGGCUGGCCGGCUGGCUGGUUGGCUGGCUGCUGAAGUGCAUUCAGCAUGUGAAGCUUGGCCCCUCCCUGGGGGAAACAUGUGCAGAUUCCCAGGCUAGCCGAGAGCCUACAGCCUCUGCUGUUCUACUAACCCCGUCAGUAUCCGGGCUCCAUUUCGGAACCUGAGCGGAUAAGACAAACAAUGACUUAAAAUAUAUAUAUACAUAACAAAAGAAGAAAAUAACGUGGCGUGUUUGCAUGCGGCCGUCGUAGUCCCUCGGCUUCUCUCCGCGUUGCACACUUCUGGUCACCCGGGUGAAAGAAAUUCAUCUGGGUUAUUUAAAAAAAAAAAAAAAAAAGAACAGGCCGUAUUUCCAGCUUCCCAAUUAUUAUACAUUCAAAAUGUCGUAUGUAAAACAUUUUUCGUAAUCUUGUACAGUAUUCAACUAUGAAGUGCAUACAAAAAAGUUGUCGGGUAAGACUGUUAUGAGAAUAUUGUUCAGAAGGAAAAUAGUGUACGAUUUAUCUAAUCUUGUAUAUAAUGCUAUUAUUCAAAUUAGCUGUAUUCUGAAAAUUGCUACUUUUCACUUCACUUUUGUUUAAUAUAAUCUGGGUUAUGUUUUGAGCCAGAACUUUUAAUGAAGUGCAAUACUGGGCGUGCCUCCUGUUUUGCAGCUGUUUAAAAAAACAAAACAAACAAAAAAAAACUAUGGAAUGUAUGUCAAUAAAGCCACUGUACAUUUUUAUACA